AUGAGACGAGAGAGAGAGAAAGAGAUUUGCGCAAAAGACAGACAAGAACGGCAAACUACCAAACGAAACAACGCAAUUCCGCCCAAGAGGAAAAAAAGAGUUGGAAAUGGGGUAAUAAAUGGGGAGAGAUCUAACGCCGUUGAAGGACUUGCUUUGAGAAGCAAAAAAAGUGGGGGAGGCAACGCCGCGCUAUACAAGAGGUAG